CAGAGCGCAACGCAAAACAGAGCAUCAUAACGCAUAUUGGAGUUUAGGUGGCUUGCUCCACCUAACAAACUUAACUCCUCCCUUGGCUGGCUUGCGUACGGCUUAUAACCGUCAAAUAAAAGUAAAGAAACGUUUUAUUAUAAAAUUCUGUAACAAAAAUUAACAGGAAUUAACAGAAUGCUAGUGUUCAACUUUGCAAAUCAACUGUAAAUUAGAUGCUCAAGAAAAUUAUCGAUACAUUCCACUUUUUGUAUUUUUGAAUUGAUUGCUUUGGUAUUUUGUUGCUUGUGAGUUGCUGCCACACUGCUUACAAGUCUAGGUGGAAAAAAUUUAGAAUGUAUGCACUAUCCAGCACUCUUGUGCGCUCACCAGCGCUGCGUCAAGGACUCAGGGUGGCCGCGGCUACCCGUCAGGUUUCGUUGAAAGUCGUCUCUGUCGGCUCAACCAUCAAGGAUGAGAGCUUCUUUGAGAAGAAUGAGCGGCUGGGCCGCCAGAUGUCGCCACACCUGACCAUCUACAAGCCGCAGCUCACCUCCAUGCUGUCUAUCAUGCACCGCGGAACCGGCCUGGCUCUGGGCAUUGGCGUUUGGGGCUUGGGGCUGGGCGCACUCAUCGCCUCCCAAGACAUCGGCCAUUAUGUGACCAUGGUGGAGGGUCUGCAGCUGAGCGGCGCCGCCUUGACCGCCAUCAAGUUCAUCAUCGCUUAUCCGGUUGGCUAUCACUCGGCCAACGGCAUACGCCAUCUGAUUUGGGACACGGGCCGCUUCCUAAAGAUUAAAGAGGUCUACUCCACAGGUUAUGUAAUGGUCGCCACCUCCGUCGUGCUGACUGCCAUAUUGGCCCUGUUGUAAAUUCUCCACCAACUAUCGGAGCUAAGUGUUAGUGGACCCUAAUUAAAUUUUAGUGCGAACAUGUCUAUUAUUUGAUAAAUGCAUACAUAAUACAUGUAUAGUUUAUUUAUAAUAUGUAUCUUCAUUUUGCUCUGUUAUGCAACAACUGUCGCCGACCUGUUUAGUACGUUUUUAUUUGCCAGCGCCUGCAAUUUGUUAGAUAUCGUGUUUUGUGCUAAUAGCUAGCUCAAUUUGUCAGCCAUCUAGCUACCCAGCUAGAAAUUUUAUAUCGUUAGCUCCUAAUCACACACACUACCAUUUGAUUCUACUUGGCUGGGCACAGAUAUAAAAAUAUACAAAUAGAAUCAUUGUAUUAAUUAAAUUAGUUUAUGCAUAAAGAAAGUUAUCUGUUUCGCAUGAACUUCACACCUUUAUGUUUAUAUAGAAUUUGUAAAGCCUGUAAAAUCCUUUAGUAUUCAAGACAAAAAAGAACUGUUUUAUGAUUAACUUAAUAUACAACGACGUUAGAAAACUUCUAGCAAAAAUUCAGUGUAAGAUGUCAA